GCGCCGAGCUCGCGGACGACUGCAGCUCGGAGGUAGUAGUGUCUCGGGCCGCCGCCGCCGCGGUGGUAAUAGUCGCAGUUCCCGCAAGAAACGCUCGUGCGCCGAUCGCCGUUCGAACCGCUGUCGAGUCGCGGCGGAGCGCCUGCUCGCCCGCCCCGGAUCGCUCCCCGCCGGCCCGACGAUACCAUGAGUGCCGCCAGCAGCUUCCAGGAGAAGCACGAGGAGCUGUCGCCUCUCGGAGACACGUGAACGCCGCACGCCCUCGAACGCACAUACCGCAGAUCGACACGAGCGUCUCCACCACAAAUGCAGUUGGAUCACGGGCAGCAAAGGCAACGGCAGCAGCAUGGACUCCAACGUUGGUCUCGACUACAUUGUGGACAAUCCCGACUACUGCAACAAGCUCGCUUCCGCUUUGGACACGGCCUGUCCAUCGGUGAAGAAGCAAGUCGUCGAAUUGCUCUCAGCCCUCUGCGUCUACAGCCAGGACGGCCGACAGCGCGCCAUCGACACUCUGCACAUUCACCAGGAGCGCAAAGGUGAGCGCUACCGGCUGCGAGUGGUGGUCGACGAGCUGCGCCAGGCAAGCGCCGAGGACUACCAGACUGCACUGCUGGCAUUCAUCAACUGUCUAGUCAUUUCUGCGCCGGUCCUCAAGGACCGCGUCAGGAUUAGGAAUGAGUUCAUCGGUCUGAAGCUGCUGCCGAUCCUCAACGAUCUUCGAAAGGACAAGAACCACGUGCCGGACUUGAGGGUGCAGCUGGACGUGUUCGACGACCAGCGGGACACGGACGAGGAGCUAUCCAAUCAGGGCCCACCGGGCAUCGACUUGUCGUCGCACGUCGAUGUCUUCUAUGCCAUUCUCGGACAGGUCGCAGACACGCCACAGGAGAUCCCAUUCCUGAGCAUACUGCAGCACCUGUUGCGACUUGAUCCGAAGGAGCCGGCAAGCGAUCUUGCCUGGGACAUCGCCGAGACGCUGGUUCAUCGAGCUACCUUACUUGAGAGCCGGGAGGAUGCUACCAAACUCCUGAGGUCGCCUAGCUUACAGACGAACCUAUGCUGUCACUGCCGAGGAAACGACCAGACCUGCGGCGUCGGCGGCGGCGGCCGCAAGUCCUCGGUGCCCACGACGACGGCCACGCUCAACGGCACCGCCACGUCGCCGACUGUUGCUGGCGGCGGCGGCGGUGGCGGGGGUCCGGUGCCGCCGCCGCCACCGCCGGCCCUCGUGCUGCCGCCGCCGCCGCCGCCGCUGCUCGCGCCUAGUGGCCCCGCCGCGGGAGGAGGAGGACCGCCACCGCCGCCUCCCGGCGCGCUAAUGAUGACGAUGAUGGAGCCGCCGCCGAUGCCACCGCCGCUCCUUCGCACGGCCAGCCGCGUGCCGACCCCCGAGCCUCCCAGCAACAGCGCCAAGCUGCUGCCGCAACAGGAGAUUCCUACGCCCAAGGCCAAGAUGAAGACCAUCAAUUGGAACAAAAUCCCAAACCACAAGGUGAUCGGCAAGAGGAACAUUUGGUCGCUAGUGGCCAACGAUCAUCAGAACUCGCCGAUGGCUGACCUGGAUUGGGCCGAGAUGGAGGGCCUAUUUUGUCAGCAGGUGCCGCCGAUCGCGCCAGCCAACUCCGCCUGCGCCAACAGCGCCGGCAGCGGAGCAGAGGCCGAUAAGAGGCGCCGCGAGCCCACGGAAAUCGCACUGCUGGACGGCAAGAGGAGCCUGAACGUCAACAUAUUUCUGAAGCAGUUCAGGAGCUCGAACGAGGACAUCAUUCAGCUAAUCAGGGACGGCGGCCACGACGAUAUAGGCGCCGAGAAGCUGAGGGGUCUGCUGAAAAUCUUGCCCGAGGUCGACGAACUCGAGAUGCUCAAGGGCUUCGACGGCGACAAGUCGAAGCUCGGCAACGCCGAGAAGUUCUUCCUGCAGCUCAUUCAAGUACCAAAUUAUAAGCUGCGAAUCGAGUGUAUGCUGCUCAAGGAGGAGUUCGCGGCGAACAUGAGUUACCUUGAACCAAGUAUCAAUUCUAUGAUCCUCGCUGGCGAGGACCUCAUGACCAACAAACCCUUGCAAGAGGUGCUCUACAUGGUGUUGGUUGCUGGCAACUUUUUGAAUUCGGGCGGCUACGCAGGAAAUGCCGCCGGCGUCAAGCUGUCGUCCCUUCAGAAAUUAACGGAGAUCCGAGCCAACAAGCCCGGAAUGAAUCUCAUACACUACGUGGCGAUGCAAGCGGAGCGCAAGAGGAAGGAUCUGCUGAACUUUGCCGGGAACCUGAAUGCCUUGGACUCGGCUACCAAAACGACGAUCGAGCAGCUGACGAACGAGUUCAACGCGCUCGACACGCGGAUAAAGAAAAUCAGCAGUCAGAUCGAGCUUCCGACCACUGAGACGGACAUUCAGGGACAAAUGGCUCAGUUCUUGGCGAUGGCCGAGCAGGAAAUGGCCCAGCUCAAACGCGACAUGGAAGAGUUGGACGCGGUGCGCCGUAGCCUCGCCGAGUUCUUCUGCGAAGACUCCAAUACCUUUAAAAUUGAGGAGUGCUUCAAGAUCUUCCAUCAGUUCUGCCAGAAAUUCAAUCAGGCGGUGGCGGAAAACGAGAGGCGGCGCAUACAGGAGGAGCAGGUGCUUGCCAGAAGGAAGCAGAGGGAAGAGCAAUUGCUCGCCAAGAAACGGCUGCUGAGCAGCCAAGCGGAAACGCCGAAUUCCGAGACAGACUCCUACUUUAUGGACUACAGCUCCUUGGAGAACGGCACGAACGGCACGAACGGCAUGCCCCAAAAGUCUUACGGCCGCGACGCCAAGGUAAAAAGACUGCAGAACGGCAUGGGCACGUCCGAAGAGGAUGUGUCGGUUACCGGUUCGCCCAGUCUUCGACGACGCUUGGGCUCUUGCUCGGGCGGUCCCGAUCAGCUCUCUACCAAAGAAGAUACUUAUUCGCCAGAUGUAACGCCAAAUGGAACCUUACGUCGUAGAAGAAGUCGCAUCCCGUGCGAAGAUGACGACAACAAUUUGAUGGACUUUUUGCGCACGACCGGUCAGGACAACGCGCGAGAAAGAAAGUCUUGGGGUAGCUUGGAUCGCUCGUGGGCCAAGCGAGCGCGCGGCCAGCCACGCAGAGGCGAUCUGUUGAACGCCGAUUUCUCCGGUGACCGCGAGAGGCCCAGCUCGCCGUCGCCGCUCGUCGAGACCAAACCCUUCGUCGGCCAGGAGGAGGAGAGCAAGCCGACGGGAAAAGCCUGGAGACAAAAGAUCGAGGCUUGGCUCACGGAGAACGAGAAAGAGGAGCGCGCCGGAGAGGAGCUUCAGCGAAAGACUAGGCAACGACAAGCCAAUCGCCGGUCCUUCGAAGAUUCAGAGAACGAGGGCAAAGGUUCGCAGCCGAACUCUCUCGCCGAAGAGAACUCGUCGAGUGAUAAAUACCAAAAAUACGACUGGCGUCCGUCCGUGGAGAAAACCGACGUGAUGCGAACGAUGGAAGCCAUCGAAGAAGCGCAACCCGCAUCGUCGCAAAAAGACAAAUCCCCAUGGAGAAAGUCCAGUCUGAACGUUCCGAGCAGUCUUGAGGAGAGCGAUCCCCGAUAUUCUCGCAGACAUCGCUCUCGUUAUAAUCAAGACAAUAUCUUGGGAUCGAGCACCCUUCAAGCGAUCCGAGAGGAGGAGCGUAAAAAGAAGGCACCAGAGCCGGCGGACAGCGGCGUCGACGAGUUGACCAUUUACCUGCGCACCCCGGCGCCGAGCGCUCAGCAACAACCCACGUCUCGCAGGGUUUCGCAGCUGAGCAGGCGCAGCAAUGCCGAGCAAUGCUCGGAGAUGACUCCGAGCGACAAGAUUGAAAUCGACUCGGAUAACAUCGAGACGCCACCGGCCACGAGGAGACUGUUCAGCCCGCCCAAAGACCUCAAACUUGCCGACAAGGACAGCACACCGAAGCGAGAUCGCACGCUCGGCGCCACGACCACGCCUGCUCGGGAGGUCGACAGCUCGUACACGGACCUCGGAAGUGGCAACUUCGACAGGUUCUCGGCGGCGCGGCGCACGCGUCGUUACAAGAAGGGCCAGGACCCGGCGCUCGACAAGGACGGCUUGAAGCUGGAGCUCUCGCACGCCGACGCCGGCUACGACGAGAGCCACGCGAGCGCGACCGGUUGCGCGGCUCCGAACGCGCCCCGUCGACCGAGCAGCCUGGCGCUCGCGGAGAGCAGCAGCAGCCAAGACGGCGACGCGAUGCUGCUCGUCUGGCAGGACAAGCUGAAGCGUCGCGACGCCGGCCAGCACGAGAUCGACGCGGCCAUGGCCGAGAUCGCCAAGUCCGGCGAGGACCUGCAGCAGCUGGCCCGCAGCCACGGCGCGUCGCCGGUGGCGUCGACGAGCGCGAGCUCGACGCGGGGCUCGAGGCUGCCGGUCACUCAGCCGGCGCCGGUGCUGGCCGUCACGAACACGGUGCUCAGCCCGGUGAUGCAGGAGUCCAGGCCGAGGGACGCGCCACCCGUGCACAAGGAGCACGCGACGCCGAGCAGGGAGCGGCGCCGAAGCAUGAUCGAUCCCAGCAUGGUCAAGGAGUCGCUGAGGCUGAUGAACGAGCCGCAGCUCGUGAGCAGCCCGACGGACGAGAGCCUGCCGCCGAGCAGCCUGCUGCUGAGCGGCCGCCAGCUCGACGCCAAGCUGGACGGUAACGUCGAGAGCGGUCGUCGCCGCGUCCGCGCGGCCCCCGGCGCGACCCUGCUAACCGCGAACGAUCGGCGCACAGCUGGCGCGAGUGGCCGCGACGGCUCGGCAGCCUACCUGGCGGCCGGCCAGCAGCAGACCACCUCGCCCGGGCAGGGCUCGGCCCGCUACAUCCCCGAGCUGAGCGCGAGCAAGGCGCGCGAGCAGGAGCUCAACGACGAGGGCUUCGAGGAGACGCAGAGCCUCGUGUCGGAGAGCCUCAGCCAGGAGGCCUCGUCGGGCAACUACGAGACCGACGCGCACGACUCGACGCGCUGCUCGCCGGCCGAGCUGACGCGCGCCGGCGGCGCCGGCGGCGCCGGCGCGGCCCUGUCCAAGGCCGCUGUCGGCGUCAUCGGCAGCGCCAAGUCGCUGCAGAGGCGCGACGGUCCGCGGCACGCCCCGGACAAGAGCCUGUCGAGGAUCAAGAGCUUCGAGCGGAGGGACGCCAGGGAGGGGGGCGUCGCCGCCAGGGCGGGCAAGGGCCAGGAGGUCUCGAGCUACCUGCCCAAGAGGACCGCCAGCCUCAAGAGGGAGCCGCCGGCACGCAAGUCAAGCCUGGAAGGCGCGAAGCGCGCGGCGAGCGGCGCCAGUCCCCGCGGCGAGGUCGAGCGCUCGGGCUCCCGCAGCAGCCUGCGCAGCUCGCGCAGCUCGCUGAACAGCGCCACCUCGGUGAACACGGUGCGCAACCUCGGCCCCGGCGCCCAUCCGCACCUCAACCGGUACACCUCGGCCAUACGCGCGCUCACCAACGACCUGCGCAAAGGCUCCGCCGGCUCGGCCGCCUCGUCCAGCGCCGCCGACGAGAAGAGGCGCGGCUCCACGCCCCGCACGUCCAUCGGCAAGAUGCCCGCGAGCCGGAGCAGCAGCAGCGGCAGCAGCGUCGGGCCCGCUGCCAGGAAUAUCCGCAAGGCCGUCGGGGCCUCGUCGAGCGUAUCGAGCUCGGGCGUCGGCAGCCUGAGGAGCCGCCCGGCAGCCGUGACCUCGCGGAGCAGCAGCAGCAGUAGCAGCGGCGUCGGCCAGCAAGUGCUCGCUCACAAUAUCCGCAACAACAGCAUAGGCUCGGACAAGUCAACCGGCGCCAAAAGCACGAGCAGCAGCCGCAUUGGCCAACCGCGCGCCAGCAGUGGUGUCGCCACGAGGAGUCAAAGCUUCAUGCGACCCACAGCGGCGAGCGUGAACAAAGGCUCUAUCGCUAACCUACCCAAGAGCAUCAAGACUCUCGUCAAGUAGUCCUUCCUCUCUCUCUUUUCUCUCUCUCUCUCUCUCUCUCUCUCUCUCUCUCUCUCUCUCUCUCUCUCUCUCUCUCUCUCCCUUCCCACUUUACUUUGCCUCUCAAUCAAACAAUCGAAUUUUGUUUAACGAUCGGAUGCCAUUUACGCGCGAAUGUGCAAUCGUACGACUGAAACGCUGUCUUUAUCUUAUUUUUAUUACUUUUUUUUUGUUUAAUAUAAGAGAUGUCCUAUAUUUUACGUUGAUCCUUCUGAUUGAUCCUCUAUUUUUUAUUUAUUUGACAUCGCGACAUUUAAUUGUUAUCGUGCGACGAUGGAAAUUUUGAACUCUGCUCGGACUAGACCGAUAUAACAAUCACACUUUUACACACAUUUAAACGUGCACUGUCGAAACUCAGGUCUCCUUCCUCCUGGUCGCGCAACGUUAGACAGAGAUAAAUAGUAUUUUGUAACACCUGUAACAUACGAUGCGACUAACAUUUAAGUACCUAUACGUACAUAUCAUCGAGAAUCAAUUUAUUAAUAAAGUUGACUUGUGAUCAAACACCUGCAGUCAUUCAACUGUACUACUGUCGUGCGACGAAAAAUAAAAAUCAGCAUUAAUAUUGAAUAAAAAUUAAACUGAC